CAUCGUCGCACUCGCAUUUGCAAUACAUGUUUACUGGUAGUUCGGUUAUAUUAUUUUAUUGUUGCACUCCAAAAACAGACUCAAUUAUUAAACGCAUGUAUCUUCAAAAAUUUGUUACCUAGCGCAACUCAUUGCAUUUCACGGAGCAAACGCAAUUUAUUGCAAAAACCAAAGUGGAACAUUGAAAUACUGCAAAAUACUUAUUUUAUUAACAAUAAAAACGAGAAAACGCAUCAGAGCCAUUGUUUCCGAAAAUCUGUUUAGUAGUAAGUGCAAAGGUAAAACAACAAUUGUUAAUAGAGUAAGUGACUUUUCAAUAAAUAUUUGAACAAAAAGACAUCUUUGCAACAUAUUUCUUGGAACUUGGAAUUCCAAGACGAAUCAUAUCCUGAAAGAAAGAAUUCCGUUUUGACUCUGGACGGCACAAUAUUGUCUGUGGCUAUCCACAAUAAAAAAUGAGACAUUUUUUGUUGGCCCUGCUAAUUCUGUCUACGGCGAUUGUGAGUUUUGGAUUGGAAGUGAAUGUUAUAAAAAAAUGGAAAUUUGUUGAUUUUGCAUGGGACAGUCCGGAGCAGAAGCAACAGGCGAUAAAAUCUGGCCGUUACAACCAAUCCAAAUGUUUGUUAUAUGAUGUAAACAAAGCAGCAGAUGGUAGAUUGUUCGGUACUUUACCGAGCGGACUAGGCCCUGGUUCACCUGCUACAUUGGCGACAGUAACUAAUAAGACAGGACCAGGAGGUCCACUUCUACGUCCGUAUCCAGAUUGGAAUUGGUAUAAUAGAAGUUGUAGAUGCGAAGGUAUUCUAAAUGUUUACCGAGUGCAUAUUCAAUGUAAUUACAUCUUUGUUCUGGAUAACGGGAAAAAUGGGCCUAAUCAAACUUGUAAUCCGAAACUAUUGAUCUUCGAUUUAAAAGAUGAUACGCUGGUUCAAACUAUUUAUAUUCCUCUUAAUAUCGCUACUAAUCAAACGGGCUCUGGAUUGUUGAUAGCGCCUUAUGUUUAUAUUGCCUCCGGAAAAUGUGAUCGGUUCCUGGACGAAAUGAUUGUUAGUAGAUAUAUCUUAUCUUUUAAUCACAGUACAUAUUCGUAA